AUGGCGACCCCCGUUGGAGAAGAUAAUUGGCUCGCGUACGUCGAGGAGGAAACCAAGCGCGCAACCAAUCUCGAGGGCCGUGUCAAAGUCUACGAGCUCUUCCAGGAAGCCAUCAGAGCCGAGCCCUGGAGUCUCAAGAUAUGGCUCGCCUACUGCGAGUACUACUGGUCACUAUUCAUCGACUGCCAGACCCGUGAGGCAGGAUGGCCCGAGGAGGAACAGCAAAUGGGCCGCGAGCUCUUCUCCUUCUCAAACGCCCUCAGCCUCUGGAGCGACGGCUACCAGGCUGUCAAGUAUCGGAUGAACGACAGUCACGAGUUCUGGAACCGAUGGGCCUCGAUUGAGAUGGAACAGCUGGCUAGAACCCGGACUGCUAAUGGUGUUAAGCGCAUCUCCCACCUCUUUCGCGACCGCCUGUCGAUCCCUCACGCCACCUGGGACAAUACGUCGCAAAUGUUCUCCAGCUUCCUCAGCGAGUACAACAACUCUGCAUACGAGUCUGAAAUGAAGGACAUCACCGCCGUUGCCCAGCCGGCCAAAGAGGCAUGGGCUGCGAGGGAGCGCAGAGAGCUCGAGCUAAACAGGCUGGCACGCUCCGGCGACGAGCAAGGCUACAAGGCUGCCAUGAAAGAAUACCUCGAUUGGGAAACAAUAGAGACAACCAUUAAAAACCCUCCACCUCAGGACAUGAACUUGUCCGUCCAGCUUGCCUUGGCGCUCUACGGCAGGGCCCUCACUGGUGUCUUCGCCUUCGAUGACGAUAUCUGGCUCAACUUUCUCGUCUUACUAUCCACAUUACGGGACUCGGUCAAUACGCCUCAUAAUCAGGAUCAUCCCCUACCCGACACUCUGGACAUUUUGAGACGCGCCACCUCACACUGUCCCGGGUCUGGCUCACUCUGGUCUCGCUAUAUCUUGAGCGCCGAAGAGGUGGGUUGGGGAUUCCAUAACGUCGAAUCCAUCAAGCACGCUGCCACCUCGAACGCUGCUGCUCUCGACAAGAACGGCAUGCCCGGAGUUAUUGACAUGUAUGCUGCGUGGUGUGGCUACCUGAAGCGCAACGCUCUGGCUCCCCACGCCUCUGAAGACGCCGCCGACGUUGCGGAAUUCGGAUUGGUAUCGGCAAUAGAGGAUGUAGGAAUUUGGGGCAGGAGGCUGUACAAGGAGGAAUACCAGGGCGAUCCGAAUUACCGACUCGAGCGCAUCCUUAUUCUGUUCCUUACUGAGAAGCGAGGAGACAUUGAGGGUGCGCGCGCAAGAUGGAAGACGAUGGCUGACAAGCCGCUGCAUGGCAACAGUUACGACUUUUGGCUCAACUACUACCUAUGGGAGAUGAGAAUGUAUGCCUCCCAACCUCGAAUGCGAAGCCCGACGCCUGCAACACCCGCCAAUGGCAUCAAGCCCACCAACAGACCCAACAUGGGCACCGAAGUCUUGCUUCGCGCCAUGCAACAGAAGAAUCUCGACUGGCCAGAACGCAUCAUGGAGGUUUGUCAUCAGCAUUGUAAUGACUAUGAGCAGUCCCAAACACUCCGCCGCGCCUUGGAUAUGAUCCACAGAACUCGCCGGCGGGUGGAGCGGCGCCGUGAACAGGAGCGAGCAGCAGCCGAGUCAGCUUAUGCGGCACAAGCACAAGCCAUUCAGUUAGCGACUCCAGGCGACGAAGACGGACCGAGCUCCAAAAGAAAACGUGACGCGUCAGUUGAGGCCUCGACAAACAAGCGCUCGAAGACUGAAGAAGCAACUGCUGACGAGCAGAGCUUAAAGCGAGACAGGGAAAACACCUCGGUUAUGGUCCGGAAUCUACCCAUCGAUGUGACCAUAACCGCGAUUCGCAAGUACUUCAAGGAGUAUGGCAGCGUUGUCAAUGUGAUGACCAAGAAGGGAGUCGAUAGCGCAGCUGCUCUAGUCGAGUUUGAAUCGACCGACGACAUGCGAUCCGCUCUACUCCGCGACAAGAAAUACUUUGGCAGCAACCAGAUUUCCGUGACGCCAGGCACUGGGCUCACCAUCUAUGUGACAAAUUAUCCUCCGACUGCAGACGAAGACUACAUUCGUAACCUCUUCAAAGGCUGUGGUGAAGUUUUCAGCAUUCGCUUCCCGUCUUUGAAAUACAACACACACCGUCGCUUUUGCUACGUCUCCUUUGAGGAUGCUGAAGCAGCGGCCAAGGCCACAGCCCUUGAUGGUAAAGUGCUGGAUCGUCAGUACAAGCUCGUCUCGAAGUAUUCAAAUCCCGGUGGCAAGAAGAAGCGUGAGGGUGCGGUAGCAGAAGGCAGGGAACUCCGAGUCAAGAAUAUUGCGCACAAGACGACAGAAGACGACUUGCGUGCCAUGUUUGAGAAACAUGGCGCGGUCAGCUCCGUCAAGAUCAUCAAGGACAUCAAGGGGCAGAGCCGCGGAACGGCUUUCAUUGUCAUGGAGGCCAAGGAACAGGCCGAGAGCGCAGCAGCUGCCCUAAACAAAGCCCAAUUGGCAUCAAACAUUAUCGACGUGGAAAUCAGCAAGGACACGAAUUUUAAGCCUACUGCCUCGACCAAGGCCACUUCCCCAGACGGUGACGUGGAAAUGACAAACGGGCCGACAAAGAGUGAGAUUCAAGCACGAUCCAUGGCGAUACUGGGGCUUCCUGACACAGUCAACGAUGCUCGCGUACGGGCGCUUGUCGAAGAGCUCUGUGGAGGAAUCGUCAAGAUUGUGUUACGACCAGAUCGCGGUGGUGCAAUCGUGGAAUUCAAGGAUGCGUCAACUGUUGGCAAGGCUAUGCUGGCUCUCAAUGGGCAUGAAAUAGCUGCAAACCAGAAAAUCCAGACUGGCACCAUUGAUGAGCUAUUCAAGGAGGGCAAGGCACAAGUCAAGACAUCCAACUUGAUGCCGCAAGUAGCGAUCAGACGUCCUGCUCCGGCUGCUGGCCAGAAGCCAAAGCCGCGUCCAGGAUUUGUCGGAGCCCCGAACCCGAAUACUUCCAGCACCAGCAAGCCGACUACAGACGCUUCAGACAAAAAAGCUACUCCAAGAACAAAUGAGGACUUCAAGGCUCUUUUUCUUGGAAACAAGCAGUCAUAG